AUGGCCUUUCUUUCCUCCUUAGCCACUGCCUUUCAGUACACUCUUACGCUCAUCUCACAAGCACCCCCGAUCAUCGCCGGGACGGAUUUUUACUUCGCAGCCGAUUAUCGAGUGAUUAGCAUCCGCCAUGCCGUUGUCGCUAUUACAGGUGCUGAUGCGACGCCCGGAGUACUGUUCUUUGUUCCGCUCCUCCAUGGACAUUAUACUUGCUUCGGCACCACAGUACCGAUGAGGCAGGGUCAGAAGGCGACCCGAUUUUUUUCGUGGGCGGUCAAGGUUAUAGUCUGUGAGGCGAGUACCCAGCUGUCUACCUCGGAUCUUAACUAA